AUGACCAACUUCGAGAAGUCAGUGAAGGGGGCCACUAAGCUCAAGCUCGCGGCCCCUAAAUCGAAAUAUGUCGAAACAAUCUUAGUGGCAACCCACACCGGCGAGGCCGGCGUCGCCGAGGUAUUCCGAACACUCCAGCACCGACUUCGCGACUCAGCAUGGACGAUCGUUUUCAAAGCGCUUAUAAUUGUCCACCUUAUGAUUCGAGAGGGCCAGCAGGAUGCUGCUCUGUCGUACCUUUCCGACAACCCGAAGAAGAUCGCGCCGAGUAAUUUCUCGGAAGCUCAGUCACAGGGACAUAAUAUUCGACGAUAUGCCGAGUAUCUAAUCGCGCGCGCAAAGGCAUUCGAUGCGACGAAAACAGACUACGUGCGGAGCGGACCUGGGCGACUGAAGCGAUUGAGUGUGGAUAAAGGCCUCUUGAGAGAAACUGAAUUUGUACAGAAGCAGAUUCGUGCAUUGUUGAGAUGUGAUCUGUUGACGGAUGAGCCCGAGAACGAGAUUAGCUUGACUGCCUUCCGCCUUCUGACCCUUGAUCUUUUGACGCUGUACUCGGUGAUGAACGAAGGCACAAUCAACGUAUUGGAGCACUAUUUUGAAAUGUCAAGGCCGGAUAGCGAACGUGCCCUGGCAAUUUACAAAAUGUUUACGAAACAAACGGAAGAUGUGGUGCAGUUCUUGGGUGUUGCGAGACAUUUUCAGUCCGCCACCCGCCUGGAGAUCCCGAACCUUAAGCACGCAUCCACUGGCUUGGCGGAGCUCCUCGAGGCUGACCUGAAUGACCCGGACUUUGAUCUUCGCCGGCGCGAAUACUUGGCUGGGAAAGGGAUAAAGAAGGAGGGACGUGCACCAACCACUGUCGCAACCCCCUCUGCCAGCAAUGAGCCCCAGUCCACGUCCAAGCCACCCAAGCUUCCCGAACCUCAGAAGGCUCCGGCACCCGAUCUGAUUGAUUUCUUUGAAUCCAUCGAUCAGAACCAACAACCCAUGACCCAGCAACCCGGAAUGCAGUAUCAACAAACUGCCUUCCAGCAACAGCCCCAGCAGGUCUUCUAUCCCCAGCAGACUGGGUACCCCCAGCAGCCCCAGGUGACGGGAUACGGUCAACAGAAUCCUUAUGGGCAAGGUUUCCCCCAGCAGAACACUGGCAAUCCGUUUGGACAGCAACAAGUACAACAGCAAGUUCAGCAACCGGCACCGCCGCUGCAGGCUACUCCGACUGGGGCUGGCUUUGGCGGAUACACUCCGCAGCCCCAGCAGUAUGGGUACCCGGGACAGUUGGCUCCCAUCCCUCAAAAUGGGGUAGCAACAUUCCCGCAGCAGCAGCCCGCCCAGCAGCUCCAGCCCUUACAACCGCAAACGACCGGUACCAACCCCUUCCGACAGUCGAUGUUGCUCGCUCAGCAACAGACUGGGGGCCCGCCUCCUCCGGCUGCUCCUCUCCAACGGCAGAACACCAACCCCUUUGCCAAGCGUCUUUCUAUGGCUGGCGGGCAUUUUUCUCAGGGGGCCCCGGAGCCUGUUCCCCAGGUUCCCCAAAUCCCCCAAGCGCAAGCGCAGCCGCCCGCUCUGCAACCGCAGCGCACUGGGACCAAUCCAUUUGCUCGGAGCUCGUCCGUGCCUCCUCCGCAGAACGCAGGGCUGCAAGCUCCGGCCGCUGCUCCUCUCCGACCCAAUCCUACCGGCAGCACUAAUCCCUUCCGCCAGAGCCAAUUCAUCAACCAACAGACUGGGCAAGGAUGGCAGUCCAGCGGCCAGCACGGUACCAUGGGUGGCUUGGAGCAGCUGGAGACGAUGCCCGUCUUUCCACGACCGGGGAUGACGUAG